CUCAGCGGGGCAAGUGGUACAUAACCAGAUCUAGGCCACAUUAUUCGCGGGAGGGUGCGGAUAAAUUGCAUUUCUGCGCCGGCCAAAUGAACCAAUUAAAUGGAUUGCCGCAGCUGCAUGUAUUCAUCCCACUGACUAUCAGCAAUGAAGGCUACUGCUGUGUUUGUGGCGCUUGUUGUUGUACUCCAGCUUAAUUGGCUGGAGUCCGAUGCUCUCGAAUCAGUGUACAAAACAAUGCCGAAGACCAAGACCAAGUAUUCCCAAGCAGACUUAAAGAAGCUCAAAGUGCAGCUUCAACCGAAGGCGCUGAGCAAAAAAUUCAAACCCAUAAUCCAACCAAAAACCGCUGGGAGAUUCCAAAAUGCACCCGGAAAGCAAAUCGUGGGUGGAGAUGCGGCAACCCCAGGACAAUUUCCUUACCAAGCAGUGGUCACGAUGGACAAUUCGUACACUUGUGGCGGAUCCUUGAUUUUGAAUGAUUGGGUUUUGACUGCAGCCCAUUGUAUAUCUGGAUAUACAAACUUUACCAUCGUGUUGGGAACUAUCUAUCGUUACUCUCCUGUUGAAAGUACCCGCGUUACCGUCUACUCGACCGUAGCCAUUUUCCAUCAGGGCUACAACACCGCUACUCUUGAAAACGACAUUGGCCUAAUCCGCUUGCCAUCACCACUCACGCUAAGUGCCAGUAUAAAUGUGGUUGCCCUUCCACCUGCCAGUGAUGCCACAAAGACCUUUGCUGGAGUGAACGCCACCGUCAGCGGCAUGGGCAGAUACGAACACAAUAGCACAGCUAACUCAUUUUUGAAAUACAUCACUCUUCCUGUGAUUGAAAACACCGAGUGCGCUUCCACCUUUGGCUCCAUUAUCAAGGCCAGUACUCUUUGUAUUGGAUCCUACAUCAAUAACAGUCACUGCAGGGGUGACAGUGGCGGUCCAUUGGUGUACAGAGAUAGUAGCAAUAAGGUUGUGCAAAUUGGAGUGGUUUCGUUCAGCUCUAGCGUAAGAUGCGACGGAGGACCAAAUGGAUAUGCUAGAGUGACAUCCUUCCUGGAGUGGAUUUCCACUACUACGGGAACUAACUUUGCGUCAACUGUAACCACUGCAACUCCUACGCCGACUUCAACCCCAACUCCAACUCCGACCCCCACACCGACUCCAACCCCAACCCCUAGUACGCCGACCCCCACUCCAACUCCAACCCCCACUCCAACUCCAACUCCAACCCCCACUCCAACUCCAACUCCAACUCCAACCCCCAGCACGCCGACCCCCACGCCGACCGCAACAACAACACCGACGACCUCCACCACAACUGUCACAACCACUCGUUCGACCACCACAACUGUCACAACCACUCGUUCAACCACCACACCAAAACCAACCACUACCAAAACGUCAACCACAAAGAAACCAACCACUACUAAACCUCCCAAUUGCGCCGGAGCAAACUUUGCUACCUUCCCAAAAACGUGCUGCCAAGACUACCGAGGCGAUGUAGUCAGAUUUUCACCAAAGGACAAAAAUUGCUCCGCAACUACCAAUGUACGACUUUAUCUCAACCAAUUUCUGCUGAACAAGAGACAACUGAAAAAUAAUUCUUUGGAUUUGACCAGUACUGCUGCAAAAUCCCAACUUGCAGCCCCAGCCUGCUACAUCAACUGCUUCUUGAACAGAACAGGAUUGUUUGACAGCGAAGGGCAGCUGAAUAUCACGGCUUUUAUGACGUACAUAGCCCCCAAUUUUACUGAUGCCGAGUGGCAGGGAAUUUACCAAAAUGCAUUAAUCGUAUGCUCUAACCAAGUCUAUACAACUGGAGCAUUUAAUGGAAUAUCUUUCACUUCCAACCAAGUCAACUGUGACGCAAGACAUUUAGUCUUGUUCCAAUGCAUGCAAUUUUACGCAUCCAGAGCAUGCAGUCAAGUUAGAACUCCAACCUGCAAUAGUACCAGAACCACCUUCAACGCCUGCGGUGGUUUCAUUAGCUUUGCUCCAUCAACUGAAGCUCCAACCACUGCAACUGCAAUUGCGACUGCCACUGCUAUCGGCUAAUAUGAAAAUUUCAAGCUUUGAAAUAUAAUUGGAAGCAAAUUUAUAUUAUGAACUUAGAAUAAACUUCAAUAUUUGUACAAU